UCCCAGCCUAUCAUUUUGUUCUCAGACACCUAGCUCCUUUACUGAGCGCAGGGAUUAGGUAGACCUCGUAUGGGGAAUAGGCACAGGGCAGGAGGCCGUGCCAGCACAGAUUCGGGAACCAAGUGACGUACGCAUAGCAGGAGCAGAAGAGAGAGGAGGGGAAGCAGGAGAGACGGAGAGAGAGAGACAGACAGACAGGAGAGAGGUCGAAACAGAGGCAAAAAGCUAAAGGGCUGAAGAGAGAAAAACAAGACGACGACAGCUGGAGAGAACGGAAAGAGUUAAAUGGGUGAAGGGAUGUGACAGGGCAGAGAGACAAGGUGGGGGUGGGAACUGAGCAGGGAGAAGACAUGGGCACCCGUCGGUGUGAUAGGAAGUGAGAGAUGAACGUGGACGGCACAUGGAAGAUCUUAGCAGGUAUCGUUCAGGUCACAUAAUGCAGAUGAAAUAAAGGGUUAAAUACACUGACCACUCCAAGGUCCUGCUGCAAGAUGGGAGGCUCGUACUCAACACCAAGGGGACUGUAUCUACACCGGUGUCUCGCAGGAAGAGCAUCGUUGGCAUGAUCUCUUCCUGACGGAGAGAUGGCAGUUUUAUGGUUGGCACUGCUUUGGUGCCAUCAUGUCCAGCAAAUUCUUCAUGCCAGUCCGAUUUUUCAGAGCACCUCAUGGACCAACAUUACUAUGGAGGAAGCCCCAACUCCAACUCAACCUCCGCCAUCCACCUCUCUAGACCCCCUGCCCACUCCCUCCAUUCCUUCCUCUAUCCCUUCUCUAACCACAUCUCCCCCCUAUCUUCCACCUUCUUCUCCACAUGUUCCCAUAUCAUCUCCUCUUCCAUUUACCCCCUCUCCAUCCACCCCAACUACUGCCUCUUCUUCACUGCCCCCUUCUCCUGGUCCAGACCAGCCUGAUGAAGAGGGUCGUAGAGCAGCACUUGGCUUCCUGCACUCAGGUAACCUUCUAUUUCUGUCUGAAGCCAAUUGCACAAAGAGACACGAACUCACUGACCUGAGGGGCCGCCCUACAGAUACAAUUCUUGAUCACACCAGAGGCCCGAGAGACUCCCUGCUUCAUGCCACCAACUUCCUCAACAUGAUAUUCCAGGCCAGCGACAUGCGUGAGUCCAGUAUACGGGAGGACAUAGAAUGGUAUCACGCUCUGGUGAGAAGUCUGGCAGGAGGGGACCCCCACAUACACCGGGCAAUGCUCUCUCUCACUACCCAUCCAAUGUCCUCCAAGCCUCAGCUGCUUCUUCAGGCCACGAAGGAGGGCCAUGAAAUUCUUUUACGAGACCUCUCUUCACCUCACCACCAUAGGAAACACAGAACGGACUGGGGAUCUUGGGGUAACUUUCAAGCCAGCCCCUCACUCACCAAGGAGAUCCUUCUAAAUGAUCUACAAAGCCUUGAUACCCCAAAGUGGAGCAGGGGAGACAGCUACAUUGUGGACCCCAGUCAUGUACACUGGUCCAAACCCUUUCUAGAGUGCGAGGGGGGACAUUUUGUCCCGGGAUGGAUGGUCUCACUCUCUACUGCGUUCUUUGGACUGAAGCCUGACCUGAGUCCUGAGUUUAAAGGAGCCUUGCGGGUGGACGUACGACUGCAGAGUUUGGGGAUAGAUCAAUGUUCCCAGGGGCCUGGAUGGUUUGCCAACACGCACAGCUGUGAUGAGAACAGCACACAGUGCGUAUCGGAUGAAAGAAACGGCUCCAUCUUGGGCAGGUACCGAUGCGUGUGCCAGCCUGGCUAUUACAGGACACAGCACGAGGGCUCGGGCAGCGCAUACCCGGGGGUUACAGCCUGUGGGCGCUGCAGCGAGGGCUGUGCUACGUGUGUGGAUGGCUCCCCGUGUCUCGUGGAGGAAGACUGGGCCCUGCGCGUCACCGUGCUGUCCCUGCAAGCGGCAGGAAUGCUGGGGGUCUUCCUGAGCAUGCUUGUGGCCUACAACUUCCGCGAAAGCAAAAGGAUCCGUGCCUCAGGUCUUCUUCUUCUGGAAACCAUCCUGUUUGGCUCCUUGUUACUGUACUUUCCGGUUUUUAUCCUCUACUUUAAGCCAAGUGUGUUCCGAUGUGCCGCUCUGCGAUGGGUGCGCCUGCUUGGGUUCUGCAUUGUUUAUGGGACCAUCGUGCUGAAACUUUACAGGGUAAUGAAGGUAUUCAUUUCAAGGACUGCUCAACGUAUACCCUACAUGACAAGUAUGCGUUUGCUGCGAAUGCUGUCGGUCAUGGUGUUGCUCUGCACCUGGUUUCUGGUGGGAUGGACUUUAGGGGUUCUGGAAAACCUACAGCGAGGGGUUCCUAUGGUUAUCCGUUCACAAACACGCGAGGGGCUUGUCUUUUACACAUGUGACCACGAUCGCUGGGAUUAUAUGAUGUCUCUGGGUGAGUUUCUGUUGUUAUCCUGGGGAACUUUCUUGUGCUAUGAAGCUCGCUCAGUCCCGUCUGCCUUCCACGAGCCUCGUUAUAUGGGACUUGCUGUUCACAAUGAAAUGUUUGUCUCAGCUGCAUUCCAUGUGCUCAGGUUCGUCAUGGUCACAUCUCUUCAUCCUGAUUGGACACUGCUCCUCUUUUUUAUCCACACACAUGGGACUGUCACUAUGACACUUAUCUUGCUCCUGGUACCAAAGUUCUUACACGCAGGAGGACCUCCGCGCGAGGAGAUAGCUGCCGAGGUGUAUGAGGAUGAGCUGGACUUGAGACGCUCCCGAUCAAAUUUGAACAGCAGUAUCACGUCUGCGUGGAGUGAGCACAGCCUGGAUCCUGAUGACAUACGGGAUGAGCUUAAGAAGCUUUACGCCCAACUGGAAGUCCACAAAACAAAGAAGAUGAUCCACAACAAUCCUCAUCUCCAAAAAAAGAGGAGUUCUCGGAGAGGACUGGGUCGCUCUAUUAUGAGACGUAUAACUGAGAUUCCAGAUUCUGUUACGAGACAGUGUGGGCGAGAAGAAAAGGAGGGUUCUCCAAAUUCCGGUGGAGGACAGAAGAGAAGGCAGCAGGACAGUGGCAGUGUUAAAUUGCGGGAGGAAUCACUGAGGCAAAGAGUCCUUUCUCUGCGCAAGUCACACAGCACUUAUGACCACAUGCAAGAAUCCAAGGACAGCGGUUCUGUCUCUCCACGGCUGGAGAGCUCAGCUAGGGAUGCCUCCCUACGGGACUCCCUGAUGAGGAGAAACCUUGCCAGAAACGUGUCUUUACGCUCUCAUGGGGACUCUCUUCGUCAAGCCCCCUUAGUCUGUAAGUCACUUAGUGCGCACAACCUUUUGGCAGAUAAAAAGCCUUUGAGUGUGUCUACUGGAGCUCUACAAAAAUCUCACAGCAUGAUUGGAAGUGCACAUGGAAAGGGCCCACUUACAGGAGCCUCAGAAACCUCCACAGAACGAGCUACGGAAGGGAGCAGGAACCCACUGCUGGGAGGCAGUUUCGACAAAGCUGAGGUGUGUCCAUGGGAGCUUCAGGAGCUCCCUACCUAUAGUGAAAGUAAGGCUCAGAAGCAUGUCACCUAUGCACCUGGAAAAUGCAGUAGCAUGGACACCUCCCAUGUAUCAGGAAAGCCCCACAUUUCUCAGGGGAAGAAAGAAGACACAGGUGCUAAGCAUCAAAGCUUGGGAAGCAGAGAGAAUCUUAGAAGUGAUGGGGUAGAAGGGAAUAACUGUUACCAUUUACAAGAUAGCACUCAGCAGAAAACAGGGGACCCUUCAUCUAUCACAGUGAAGCCUGGUGCAGCUCUGGUUCCCCCAAGUAACGCAGAAGGUGAAGGAUUCAAGGCACUAAAUGCUGAGGUUAUCGGUACAGGAGGAAAGAGUCCGGGGGAGUCUGCAAAACUAAUUCACAAAAGUACAUUAAAAACUCUGGUUCUGGCAGUUCGGGCAUUUAAAGGAACAGCCGCAGGAAGACAGCAUAAAGAGAGAGCGAGACAGGCUGCUGAAGGAGCAGGGGUGCUGAAGAAGCAGCAAGUGGAAGAAUUAAAGACACAAGAUGCGGAAUCAGACUGUAUUAGGGAUGGGGAACUUAAGUCACAACUACAUGAGCCGGCAGAAAGUGAGAGUCAGGCGUGCCUCUCCCCCCAGAGAGAAUGUUUCUUGAAAAUGAAUAAGGAUAAGGAUGAAAUGUCCUCUUCUCCUAAAAUGUCUAAACAGACCCCACCAGCCAGCAAAUUUGAGAGAAUGAGUCAGUUGCGAGAGGCAGUUUGCCCUUGGGAGAGCAUGGAGGGGCCACAUGAUGCCCCACAAAAAUCAAACAGUGUGGAAAGCAGAAGAAGUGAGAUAUGCCCCUGGGAGAGUACAGAUAGCGAAGGUCCAGGGGGUCCUAUGAGUCAAUCAGGGAGUAACUUCUCCUUCCACAUUCCUCCACCUCCAGUGGAAGGUGAAAAGAGGGGUCUACAUAAAGAGAUCUGCCCUUGGGAAGGUGAGGAGGAGGAAAGACAGCGAGAGGAAAUUUGUCCCUGGGAGGGCAAGGAUGCUGGAGACCUAAGAGCAAAAAUAUGCCCCUGGGAAACUGGUGAGAUGGAAAAGGUGGCCAUGGGAGGCCUGAAUGAACAGAGUUUAGUCAUGAAACUAGAGGAACUUGGGCGGCAGAGAGAUGCUGUGUGCCCAUGGGAAAGUGAAGAGUCUGGGGGAUCCCCAGGGCUCCUCAGUCAAUCACAGAGUAAAACAUUUGACGGGGGACCUAUUCAAUCUAAAACUUCAGACAGCUUGGAUUUAGAGGCUCGAAGGGGAGAGAUCUGCCCCUGGGAGAGUCUGGACUCUGAAGGGACCCCAGCAAUCUUGAGCCAAUCGCAGAGCCAUAGCUGGGACCCUGCAACUAAGGCCCUUGUAGAUUCAGGACCCUUGGAGUCUCCCAAGACCAGCAAGCCACCCCUUGGUCAGCUGUACAAGUCACAAAGUAAGCAAGAUUCCAUGUGUAGCUGGUCAAGUGAGGAACCCAGGCCACUAUCUAAAAUCAUGAGUAAGAGUGAAGGACGCAUGGGUGAUCUCUACCCUCCUAUAAAACCCGCACAGCAUGGCAAACGCUGGCACCACUCCUUACGACUGCAAAGCAAAGUGCAUGCCGAAAACCAAGAGAGCAGCAUUACACCCCAGGAGGGUACAGAGUUGCAGGCUAUGCCUCCUACAAGAGAUGAAAACUCUUGCAGUCUGGCAGAAAUAUGUCCAUGGGAAGUGCAGGAAAAGCCCUUGGCAUCUACAGAAUCUGUCUCCCAUAAAGCAGAUGUCUGCCCAUGGGACUUCCAAUGAUAAUAUUAGAUUCUGGUGAAUGGGCAUAGUGAGAGUGAAUGCACCGCUUGUACAUAUGGGUGGACUGAGUGAAGAAGACUAUGCAUGCAUAGCCGGCAAGCAACUAGACUGGGUGUACAAAUGUGUAUGUAUACUGAGGAAUGGAAGGAAUCAGAACUUUGCAGAAACUAUUGUAUUCUCCAAACAG